GGAAGUUUCCUGACAUUCUGCAAAUGAAAAUUCAGGUGGAGUUCCACAGUCGCACGAGCAAUAUAAAUCCACAUGUUCGCUCCCCGUCCCUCCACCACUCGUCUUCACAACCCCAAAAAGAUAGGCAUUCACUCGAGACGCAGAAACAGCGAAAAGACACCGUCGCCACCGGCAAUGUUCAGCUUCAACGUGUCACCGCUACUCUCCUUCACACCCUCGUUGGCCUCAAUCACACUCGUCCUCUUCAUCACCUUCCUCACCCUCAAAUGCCUCCGCUUCCUCUUCUCCUCUGCCGCUGCUACUAACCUUCACCUUCCGCCAUCACCGCCGAAGCUCCCUAUCAUCGGGAACCUCCACCAGCUCAGUGAUUACCCUCACCGCUCGCUCCAAGCCCUGUCGAGACGCUAUGGCCCCUUGAUGAUGCUCCACUUCGGAAGCGCGCCCGUCCUCGUCGUAUCUUCCGCCGACUGUGCCCGGGACAUCUUGAAGACCCACGACCUCAUUUUCUCCGACCGACCCAGGUCAACCCUGUCGGAGAGGAUUUUGUACCACCGUAAGGACGUGUCUCUGGCGCCGUAUGGCGAGUACUGGAGGCAAAUGAGGAGCAUCUGCGUCCUCCAGCUGCUGAGCAACAAGAGGGUCCACUCGUUUCGGACGGUCCAAGAAGAGGAGGUCUCUCUGUUGAUGGACAAGAUCAAGCAGCAUCGCUCGGUGGACCUGAGCGACUUGUUUGCGUCGUUGACGAACGACAUCAUAUGCCGGACGGCUCUGGGGAGGAAGUACAGCGAAGGCAUGCAGGGCAAGAAGUUCAAGGUACUUUUAGCGGAUAUGAUGGGGUUGCUGGGCAUUUUCAACGUUGGGGACUUCAUUCCGAGCCUUGGGUGGAUCAACAAGCUAACUGGUCUAGACGCAAAAGUGGAGCGGGUCGCGAGGGAGUUCGACCAGUUCCUCGAAGAGGUGGUGGAGGAGCAUCGGAGGAAGAUGGAGGCGAGGAGCAUCGGCGGCGGAGGUGAAGAUAGGAGAGACUUUGUGGACGUUUUGCUGGACAUUGAGAAGGACAAAACUGUUGGUUUUGCUUUUGGUGCGGAUAGCAUCAAAGCACUCGUCUUGGAUAUAUUUGCUGGUGGAACUGAUACAACGUACACAGUCCUGGAGUGGGCAAUGACCGAGCUCUUAAGGCACCCUCGUGCCAUGAACAUUCUCCAAACUGAGGUUCGCAAAAUCGCCAACGGCAAGCCUAACAUAACCCAUGCGGACUUGGAGAAAAUGCAUUACUUGCCAGCAGUCCUCAAAGAGACUCUCCGCCUACACCCUCCGAUCCCGCUCCUCGUCCCACGACUGUCGACCCGGGACGUCAAAAUCCAAGGCUACGACAUCGCAGCGGGGACUAUGGUGAUCUUGAAUGCGUGGACCAUCGGGAGGGACCCCAGCACGUGGGACGAGCCGGACAAGUUCAAGCCGGAGAGAUUCUUGAACAGCUCGGUGGACUUCAAGGGACAGGAUUUCGAGCUGAUUCCUUUCGGUGCUGGGAGGAGGGGUUGCCCCGGUACGUCAUUCGCGAUGUCGACCAACGAACUUGUCUUGGCAAAUCUGGUGAACAAGUUCGAUUGGGCACUGCCCGAGGGUCUGAAAGCGGAGGAUUUGGACAUGACCGAAUGCACUGGUCUUACCAUCCACAGGAAAGUCCAUCUCCUUGCUGUUGCCACUCCAUUCCCUAGUUAAGACCAUCGUCAUUACCUUAUAUGUAUUGUUGUAAUAUCGUGGCGAAUGUUUGUGUAAUGAUUUUUUACUGUAAUCAAUUUGUAAUGAUUUUCAUCCGUCAUUAAUCUAUAAUGGUUUCGUAAUGUUUUAUAAUAGUUUAGUAACGGUUUUGUACCAA